GAUUAGAGAAAUAAGAAUAUCUCCAUUGUCCACAGUCCAACACUCCCUCAGCUCUCAUAACACACUCCGAAAAAUGGCAUUAUUCUCUACAUCCGGAUUUUCCACCUUCGCAACAAUUUCACCAAACAAUUCUCGAAAUUCGCCCAAUAUUCAGCAGCCCUUUCUCAGUUUUCCUCAACCCAGUAAGAGAAGAAGCACAAGCUUCGGUUGUAGAUACGGUUUUUUAUGUUGCUCCGCCGCGGCCAAGCAGCAGAAAUCCGGCGGCGGCGCGCCGCCGGCGACGAAGAAGAAAAAGAAGCCCACUAGCAAGAGCAACGGCAGCAGUUUUCCCGAAGACGAUUAUAAGAUUGAAAAGGGUGGUGGUGGCGGAGUGGAGUUGCUAGAGUCACCGUCACCGUCACCGUCACAGUCGGGGCAUUCACCGUACGCGGCGCUUCCUCUGCCGAAGCCACCGGCGGGGUUUGUGUUGGAUGGGCAAGGAAAAGUUCUUAUGGCUUCUAACAAACGCAUUGCCACUAUCGUUGAUGCAACUAAUAACUUCCCCCUGGAAUGCGUUAUAAGAAGAGUAUUUAAAAAUUCACGUGGAGACGAUUGCAUGCUACUCUGCCCAGUCGAUACUCCCGUUCAGAUUUUGAAGAGCGUCAACGUUGAAGGAUGGGCUGCUGUUAGUGAUGAAGAAGUCGAGGGUAUACUCCCCGCUGCAGCUUAUGCCCUUGCCAAAAUACACAUGCAUCUUGUAUACAGUGGAUUUUGUUAUACCGCACGAGGCGGUUUUUGCUACACCGAGGAAGAUAUAUUCGAGUUCAACAUAGAUAAUGGUGAAAAUGUAGAUGGAUUGCCAACGGAAGGCAUUGAAAUUGCAUGCUUCCAUCUGGAUUCUUCACAUUACAUGAUUUAUACGCCUUCGGACCCUCUUCUGUUUGUUGCUGUGAAGGAUAAAAACGGCGUACUACAAAUAGCAGAUGAUGAACUCUUGGAAGAUCCCUCUAUAAUAAGCGCCAUAGACGAGGAGACCGAAUUCAACGCGUUAGUGGAAGAAGAAGAUGCUCUUCUAGAUUCCUUGCUCGGAAGAAGGUGAUCCCGUCUUUAUAUUUUUUUACCAUAGGAAGCAGGUUAUGAACGUUUGUCGAUUAAAUUCAUCUUUGUUGUUAGCUUAUGAAAACUUAUCAAUAUUGUAUAUAUUAUGGUUCUUUGAAUGUUUUAAACAAGUGCCAGCUUUAGUUGACCGUUUGUACACGGACGAUAUAUAGCGCAAGAAUCGAACGGUAUUGAAAGACUUUAUCGCGGUUCUACUGAAAUUUGGUUUAGUUGACCAAUUUGAUCAUGAUUUUCUUGAGAAAAAAAAAAUUGUAUUCGAAGAUUUCGCUGAAUUUGAUUUUCGUUGGUUUUA